CUCGAGGUGCAUUCGGUCGUACAUUACCCGAUAUCUGCCUCCCGGGCGAACUCCUUUCGCUCUCCAGUUUCCGUCCCCGCCUCGCAGUUUGCAUCUAGGGUUCCAAAUAUAUUUGGACGGAGCGAGGACUUUGGAGCGGCUAAUCGGUCGGAGAAGAGCCAAACCAUGGCGCACAGGUUGCUGAGAGACGUCGAAGCCGAUGGGUGGGAACGUUCCGACUUCCCCAUCAUAUGCGAGUCGUGCCUCGGAGAUAAUCCGUACGUUCGAAUGACAAAGGCAGAUUAUGACAAGGAGUGCAAAAUUUGCACUAGGCCCUUUACAGUUUUUAGGUGGAGGCCUGGCCGUGAUGCAAGGUAUAAAAAAACUGAGAUUUGCCAGACUUGCAGUAAGUUGAAAAAUGUUUGCCAAGUUUGCCUUUUGGAUCUCGAAUAUGGAUUGCCAGUUCAGGUUCGAGAUACUGCUCUCAGUAUUAAUUCCAAUGAUGCCAUUCCGAAAAGUGAUGUGAAUAGGGAAUAUUUUGCAGAGGAGCAUGAUCGAAGGGCUAGAGCUGGUAUAGAUUAUGAAUCUUCAUUCGGCAAGGUAAGGCCUAAUGAUACUAUUUUGAAGCUUCAGAGAACAACACCAUAUUACAAGAGAAAUAGAGCACAUAUCUGCAGUUUCUACAUUCGAGGGGAAUGCACAAGAGGUGCUGAGUGCCCUUACAGGCAUGAGAUGCCCGAAACUGGAGAGUUGUCACAACAAAACAUUAAAGAUCGCUACUAUGGAGUGAAUGAUCCUGUGGCAUUGAAGUUAUUAAACAAGGCAGGUGAAAUGCCCUCAUUGGAACCGCCCGAGGACGAGAGCAUAAAAACCUUAUACGUAGGCGGGCUUGAUGCAAGAGUGACCGAGCAGGACUUGAGGGAUAAUUUCUAUGCUCAUGGUGAGAUCGAGUCCAUAAAGAUGGUGCUGCAACGAGCUUGUGCCUUUGUAACCUACACAACCAGAGAAGGUGCAGAGAAAGCGGCCGAUGAACUUUCAAACAAGCUAGUCAUAAAGGGUCUGAGGCUGAAGCUGAUGUGGGGUAGGCCCCAGGCACCAAAACCCGAGGGUGAAAGUUCUGAUGGAGCAAGACAGCAGGCCGCCUUGGCUCAUAGUGGGAUGUUGCCAAGGGCAGUCAUAUCCCAACAACAGAACCAGCUACAACCACCCGGUACUCAGGACCAGCCUCCACAGAUGCACUACUUCAACAUUCCUCCUCCACCUCAGCAGGAGAGGACAUAUUACCCAUCCAUGGAUCCUCAGAGAAUGGGUGCCCUCGUUCCAUCCCAAGAGGGAGCUUCCAAUGCGCCCACAGGAGCAGCUGAUAACAACGCUGAUUCUGGAAAGCAGCAGCAAGGCCAGCAUUACGGUUACCAAGCGCCGCCACCACCACCACCUCAAGGUCAAUUUCACCAGCCAUUUUAUCCACCAUAUGGGUAUAUGCCGCCGCCCCCACCUCUUCCUUACCAGCAAUAUCCUCCUGUGCCUUAUCACUCGACUAUGCCUCCCAUGCCGCCCCCACCCCCACCCCCAGCGGCUCAGCAGUAUCAGCAUUCGGAACAACCAGGAUCAUCACAGCAGUGAUACGGUUUAUGAGAGGUGGUAUUUUUCUCGGUUCUUGUACUUAUGGUGGAUGGUUUACUCAUUGCCGGUCAUUGUGCUUUGGAUGAAACCCUAUAUUUGCUUCUUGUGUGUAAUGCCACCAUCCUGCAGUUCGUUGUCAAAAGUUUCCGGAUCUUUUUGUUCA